AUGGGGCCUUCUGUUUGUUGUACCAACAUCUCGUGCAGCGCGUCGCCGGCCUCAAACACACCCACAACGCCUACGCCAGACCCCACGAACAGACCUAACCGACCCCUUAUACUGCGUCGGUUCGACACAGCUGGCCCGCCAGGUCUUCUAUGGCUUUCCUCCAGAUCACCGCCACCUACGAACGAACUGCAGAGGCCUCCGUUACAAAGUCAACUGCUUACAAAGAAACGCCCGGAGCACCACUUAUGGAGCGGAAAUCGAAACCAAAACAACCAUGUUGAGGAGGCAGGAUAUCAGAAGGAGCAGAAGAAGAGAUGUGCUUGUGGUACAUCGGCGGGCCCGCCGGAAACGCCCACUAGACAGCAAAUGGCAGGUGCAGAGCGCCUCAAGCAACAGCCAAUGGAAAUCCCGAUUUCUCUUUUGGAAAGCCCAAUGUGCAGUCUUUUUCAUGGCUCCUACCCUGUCUCAGUGCGCCCGACAAGGCGAGACAAACAGGAGCCUGGUCUUCUGAAGACCCAUCCGCAUAGGGCAGCAUGGUUAAGAGCCAAAGGCAUUACUUCCUUAAGAGUUGUAUCCAGCAAUUCUAAUGAAUUUAACAAACUCUUCUCUAAACGAAACGUCGAUGAGGACGCCGACUUCUUAGCCUUCAUUGAGGUGCUACUGGAUGACAAGAAGCGCAGAGAGCGCGCCAAUCUCGCUUCAUCGAAAGCUAGCCAAUCAACUUUUAUGUUUUGA